AUGCCAGAUGGAGAGAGGAUAGCCUGUGUCCAGAAAUUCCCAUGGACAGUACAAUUUUGUUCAGUGCUAAAUUUUUAUGCCAGUGGCAGCUACCAACGGCGUGUAGCUUCGGACGCUUUUGCAAUGAUGUCGCAGACCAUGGUAUCAAAGUGCAUCAGAGGAUACAGUUACAUAAUAACAACGGCAAUUAUGGACGAUUACGUAAAGUUUCCUCAAAAUGUCGAUGAGGUCAAGUACUUACACGACCAGCUCCAAAAUCAUGUUGAUUUUCCGGGCGCCUUUGCUUUCGUGGAUGGCUCUUUGAUCACACUCGCAGCUGUGUCUCACCUCAUCGAGCACUCAUACGUUAGCCGAAAAUCAUCUCACCCUCACGCCAUAAACUCACAAUUCGUUUGUGACAUCAAAAUGCGUUUUCUAAGUGUCAACGCUCGUUAUCCCGGUUCCACUCACGACGCAUUGAUUUGGAGAUUUGUAAAUACAACUUUAAAGAGAUGGUGCAAUCAAACAGAACAGAAUUGGCAAUACUUUAUGUUGGGUGACAAUGGAUAUCCGUUGCAACAGUGGUUGUUAAAACCGUACGAUUCGCCUAACACUGCAGCCGAAGAGCAGUACAACAGUCGACAUCGCAAGCUACGAUCAUUGGUUGAGAGAGCAAUUGUCUACUUAAGAGGGCAGACUAGGUUACAAAGAGCCCUCUGUUGA